CCCCGCCCGGGCUGGUAUGCGGCCGAGAGUGACGCGGGAGGCGGGGUCACGUGACGCCCGUGGAAUGCCAACAAUGUAGCGAAUGUCCCACUUGGGUUUGCGCGUUGGAACCGCGGCUUGAGCGCCCCGGGAAGAUGGAGCAGUCGCCUUCCACGCCACCGCCCGGGGCUCCCCCGUCCCUGCGGCGUCAGCAGCAGCUCCAGCCACCAGCGUCUGGUCUCCCGGUGCGCGAGGCCCCGGAACCGCGAGCCAGAAUGCCCCUGAGGGUGUAGACGGCGCCCCAGGAGAGAGUGAUGAUCUUCAAAAUGAAGACUCUGGAGAAUUUUAGGUUCUCAAUAGGAACUACAAAAAUUGAAGGAAAGAAAACUUUUAAAAGGAAAUUGUUUUGAAAGUAUGUUUACAAUGAACUGAUACUGUUGACAGGUUUCUUUCUUUUUUUUUUUUUUAAUAAGAAGAUUGUAUUUAUGGUAAAAGGAAACUGGACUAACAAUGAGGCCAAAGACUUUUCCUGCCACGACUUAUUCUGGAAAUAGUAGGCAGCGAUUGCAAGAGAUUCGAGAAGGGUUAAAGCAGCCGUCCAAGUCUUCGGCUCAGGGGUUACCCGUGGGACCAAACAAUGACACUCUCCUGGAUGCCAAAGUCCUGGGGAGCAAGGAUGCUGCCAGGCAGCAGCAGCAGAUGAGAGCCACCCCAAAGUUUGGACCUUACCAGAAAGCAUUGAGGGAAAUCAGAUAUUCCUUGUUGCCUUUUGCUAACGAAUCGGGCACUACAGCAGCUGCAGAAGUCAAUCGGCAAAUGCUGCAGGAGCUCGUGAAUGCAGGAUGUGACCAGGAGAUGGCUGGCAGAGCACUCAAGCAAACUGGCAGCAGGAGUAUUGAGGCCGCCCUGGAGUACAUCAGCAAGAUGGGCUACCUGGACCCGAGGAAUGAGCAGAUCGUGCGCGUCAUUAAGCAGACCUCCCCAGGAAAGGGCCUAGUGCCAGCCCCUGUGACACGGAGGCCCAGCUUUGAAAGAAACAGCGAUUCCUUUGCAUCCUACCACCAGCUGAGCGGCGCGGCCUAUGAGGGGCCUGGGUUCAGCCCCGAUGGCCCCACAGCCCUGGAGGAGGUACCACGGCAAUACAUGGAUUUCCUCUUCUCCGGAGCCGGGCCUCACGGUGUGCAGGGUCACCAGCUCCAGCUCAAGGGCUACGGCGCUGGCGCGGAGGCAGCGCACUUCCCGCUGCAGGCGCACUACGGCCGGCCUCACCUACUGGUGCCCGCAGAGCCCUUGGGCUAUGGCCUGCAGCGCAGCCCCUCCUUCCAGAGUCAAGCGCCAUCCGAGCCGGGGGCUUACGCCAGCCUGCCCACCAAGGGCCAGGGCCCAGCAAGUGCCGGCCUCGCCUUUCCGGCCACUGUCUACGUUCCACACCCGCACCACAAGCAGGCAGGCCCUGCCGCCCACCAGCUGCACGCGAUGGGCUCCCGCCCAGUGUUCUCCGGGGACAGCCCCCCACAGAGCCUGCUUGCCCCCUCCCGGAACAGCCUCAACUCAGACCUGUAUGAGCUGGGCAGCACCCCCGCCCAGCAGUGGCCGGCCGCUACCCUGGCUCGCCGCGACUCCCAGCAGAAGCCAGGCCUGGAGGUUCCCCCGCGACAGCAUGUAGCCUUCCUCCCCGAUGGUCCAGUGCCCAGCAGAACCAACUCUUUUAAUAGCCACCAGCCGCAGACCGGCCCACCCAGCAAGGCUGAGCCCUCCCUGCCAACCCCUAACACCGUCACAGCGGUCACGGCCACACACACGCACAUCCUGCACCCCGUGAAAAGCGUGCGUGUGCUCAGGCCUGAGCCGCAGACAGCUGUGGGGCCCUCACACCCCGCCUGGGUGCCUGCCCCAGCCGCAGAGGCCCUGGACUCCAAGGAUGAGCACGCCCUGGUCCUGGGCAGUGCGGGCACCUACCCCCUGGAUGUGGACUACUGUAGUCCGGACCGCAGGUGCCCCCCGCCGCCCUACCCAAAGCACCUGCUGCUGCGCAGUAAGUCGGAGCAGUACGACCUGGACAGCCUGUGUGUGGGUGUGGAGCAGAGCCUUCGUGGGUGCCGGGCGGCAGAGCCUGGCGACAGGAGCGACAAGAGCCACAAGAGCGCUAAGGGGGACAAAGGUGGGAAGGAUAAAAAGCAGAUCCAGACCUCUCCUGUUCCUGUGCGCAAAAACAGCAGAGACGAAGAGAAGAGAGAAUCCCGCAUCAAGAGCUACUCGCCCUAUGCCUUCAAGUUCUUCAUGGAGCAGCAUGUGGAAAACGUCAUAAAAACCUACCAGCAGAAGGUCAACCGGAGGUUGCAGCUUGAACAAGAAAUGGCCAAAGCUGGACUCUGUGAAGCUGAGCAGGAACAGAUGAGGAAGAUUCUCUACCAGAAAGAGUCUAAUUAUAACAGGCUGAAGAGGGCCAAGAUGGACAAGUCUAUGUUUGUGAAAAUCAAAACCCUGGGGAUUGGUGCCUUUGGAGAAGUGUGCCUUGCUUGUAAGGUCGACACUCAUGCUCUGUACGCUAUGAAAACUCUGAGGAAAAAGGAUGUCUUGAACCGGAAUCAGGUGGCCCAUGUCAAAGCUGAAAGGGACAUCUUGGCCGAAGCAGACAAUGAGUGGGUUGUCAAACUCUACUACUCCUUCCAAGACAAAGACAGCCUGUACUUUGUGAUGGACUACAUCCCUGGGGGAGACAUGAUGAGCCUGCUGAUCCGGAUGGAGGUCUUCCCUGAGCACCUCGCCCGGUUCUACAUCGCAGAGCUGACUUUGGCCAUUGAGAGUGUCCACAAGAUGGGCUUCAUCCACCGAGACAUCAAACCUGACAACAUUUUGAUCGAUCUGGAUGGUCACAUAAAACUCACAGAUUUUGGCCUCUGUACUGGGUUCAGGUGGACUCACAAUUCCAGAUACUACCAGAAAGGGAACCACGUCAGACAAGACAGUAUGGAACCCAGUGACCUCUGGGACGAUGCGUCUAACUGUCAGUGUGGAGACAGGUUGAAGACCCUGGAGCAGAGAGCACGGAAGCAGCACCAGAGGUGCCUAGCACAUUCCCUAGUGGGGACUCCAAACUACAUCGCGCCCGAAGUGCUCCUCCGCAAAGGAUACACUCAGCUCUGUGACUGGUGGAGUGUUGGCGUGAUUCUCUUCGAGAUGCUGGUGGGGCAGCCACCAUUUUUGGCACCUACUCCAACAGAAACCCAGCUGAAGGUGAUAAACUGGGAGAAUACCCUCCACAUUCCAGCCCAGGUCAAGCUGAGCCCUGAGGCCAGGGACCUCAUCACCAAAUUGUGCUGUGCUGCAGACCACCGCCUGGGGAGGGACGGGGCCAACGACCUGAAGGCCCACCCAUUCUUCAGUACCAUCGACUUCUCCAGUGAUAUCCGGAAACAGCCAGCCCCCUAUGUUCCCACGAUCGCCCACCCCAUGGACACCUCAAACUUUGACCCCGUAGAUGAAGAAAACCCCUGGAACGACACUAGCCAAGGUAGUGCCAAGGCCUGGGACACACUCACCUCCCCCAAUAACAAACACCCUGAGCACGCAUUCUAUGAAUUCACUUUCCGAAGGUUCUUUGACGACAAUGGCUACCCCUUUAGAUGCCCAAAGCCUUCGGGAGCAGAAUCUGCACAGUCUGAGAACUCAGAUGUAGAAAACCCCAACCUAGUGGAUCAGACUGAAGGCUGCCAGCCAGUAUACGUGUAGAUGGUGACUGGGCAGCCCCACCACUCACUUCCACCAGGGUUAGGUGCCCUGGCUGGUCCUGAGGCUCCUGUGGAAGCUGUGGGCCAUUUAAUUUUCAAUUAGUCUGUUGAUUACUUCACUUGAAAUUCUAGUCUUCACCAAGAAAACCUGAAACAAACAAGACACUUUUUAUAAAAGGACUCAGCAUUGCUUUGAAUUGGCAUUUAAGGACCUAUACUGCAUUAAAACAAUAUUUUAAAAACUUAGUACAGUUUAGAAAGAGCACUUAUUUUGUUUAUAUCCAUUUUUUUCUUACUAAAUUAUAGGGAUUUAACUUUGACAAAUCAUGCUGCUGUUAUUUUCUACAUGUGUAUUUUAUCCAUAGCACUUACUCACAUUUAGGAAAAGACACAAAAACUAAAGAACAUGUGAUAAGAACUCUCUGUGCAAUAAUGUAUAAAAAAGAUAACACUCUGCUCAGAUGUCACUGAGACCAUUUUAUUCACACUAUGGUUUUUAUCUUGUAUUUCUUCCCCACAUUUCAAAAUUGUGAUAUAAUGUUAAAAGCUGCUUUUUUUUUUUUUUUUUGGCUUUUUGCAUAUUAUAGUAUAAUAGGAAGUGUGAGCAAGGUAAUGUGGUAAGACUUUGGAUGUCCAGUGUGUACAGAGUGCUGCAUGAGCAGGGUUUUUCUAUUAUAAAAUUUCCGUAUCUUGCCAUUCACAGCAGGUCCUGUGAAUAUAUUUUUACCAAGUGUCUUAAAUGAGGUGUUCUAGACAGUGCUGAUAAUGUAUCGCGUGGAUGACUUCUUCACUAUGAUUGUAUCUCUUAUUGUUGUGUUAAAGAAAUGCAGAUGUAUAACUGAGAAAUGGUGUGUGUGUGUGUUUGUGUGUGUGUAUGUCUUGGAUAUGAUUGGAUUCUUCAAGGGGUAAAUUUAAACUUUUGUCAUAUACUAAACUUAAAGGGAUUAAUUUAGCUAUGCCAAAAAUUUAAUUGCAGACCUAUGUCCUUUUGUCUAGUCAGUGUGGUCUUUCACCUUGGUAUAGCUGGUAUGUGGAAUUUAAUAGCUCUGACCUUACUACUUCUUACCAGCAGAGUGCUCACACUGAAAGGUUAAUGAACGUUUUUCCACUUGUCUUAGGUAGCUGAUAUGUUACCCUCAUGAAAUUGAGUAAUAUUCUAAUGGCUCUUUACAUUUUUUUUAGUGUGCUUUGAAGUGUCAAAUCUUAACUUGGUUUAAACAGUACAUUUUUCUAACUUUUGUAAAAAAGCAAAGAUUCUUCAAAGUAACAUUCAAAUAAAAAAAUAAGUCAUACGUAUUUUCUUAGAAGUAUAGUUGCGUAUAUAUAAACAAAAAAUAUUCCUUAUUUCAGAUUAGUAUGAUACCUGUUUAAAGCGAUUUAUAUUUGAGUAAAAUUUCAAUUCUUUUUUGCUUUUUAAAAAAUCUGAUGCAUAUUUUUCAUAUUAUUCCACAUAUUUUUUCCUUGACAUUCUUAGCAUAAUGAUAAUGUAUCCAUUAUUUAGCAUAUAUCUAGGCAACAACACUUACAAGUUUAUCAGUGUCUAAACUAAAAAAAAAAAAAAUUCCUGUGUACUGGUUUACAUUUGUAUGAAUGGCACAUUCUGAAGUCUGCUGUGCUUGUAAUCGUGACUGUCAGUAUUUUUGCUAUUUUAUAGUAAUGCCAUGUUAUUUACAGCGCUCUGACAUACUUUCAUGUGGUAGGUUCUUUCUCAGGAACUCGAUUUAACUAUUAUUUAUUGAUAUAUCAUUGCCUUGAAAAGCUUCUACUGGCACAAUUUAUUAUUAAAAUUUUGACUC